AUGCCAACGUGUGGUAAGGCAGCGGCAGAAGCAGCAACAGACCACAUCAGCGAGGCUUCAUCGGGGCGAAAGAGAUGUCGCCUAUUGUCUGCCGAAGAGACACACACUGCUCGGGUGUACCACCAACUCUCCCAGGUGCUCCUGCAGCUGUAUAGCACACUCUGCGCCACCGCAGGCACUGCUGAUGCGGAGGACACGGAGGAAGUGAGGGCUGUGCUCGGCCGAUCAGUGUAUGCGCGGUCCAUACACAGGGCCAACGACGGCGCACAGAAGAGGAUGCGGGAAGGGGAAGAAGAGGCGAUUCAGGACUUCGGGGAGGCGGUGCGGGCGGUGCUGCUACGGCAGCUGUCGUGUGUAUCCCGCCACCAGCAUGAAGAGCAACAGCGGAGAUAUCACGGCGAUGUGGGUGGUCAACGGGGUCGGCUUGCGGAUGCCAUGCAGCAGCGCAUGCCAGACUUGUGGGCUAUUCUCAACGCCGAUCCGUAG